AUGCUUAAUAUGAAGAUUAUGAAUGUGGAACAAUUGCGUGCGACGGCUGAGAUACAAGAGAAAGUGAAUGAAAUCCAAGACCAUAUAGAUGACACACGCUAUAAAAUGGACAAAGUUUACAAGAAAUCAAGCGAAAAGAAUGGCGUCAAAGCAGCCAUCAUGGUAAUCCUCGCCAUCUCGGUUGGCAUCUUCGCCAUCCCGGUUGGCAUCCUCGCCAUCUCGGUUGGCAUCAAUUGCUUCCGCUGAACCAUCCAAUCAACCAUAGAUAUCAUCAUGCAUGCAAUAAAAGGGC